UUGUUCUUUCCAGUUGCAAAUUCGAUCAGUUGUAUUUUCCAGUAUAUAUUAUCUGCGAACUUCGUUGUGAACGUUCCAUUUAUUUUCGAUAUGAAAAAUCUUCCGAUCUGCCUCGUGAUAGGAAUUGAUGGGAAAAAACCGGAAGAUAUUAUUGAAGGCAUAGUUGGUUAUCUGCCUUCUGUUUGUGAAGAUGGUAAAGGAUUUUCCUUCUAUCAAUGGGAUAUAACCAAUAAAUAUUACAAUGCAUCAAUUCAUUUGUGCCGAAUGACCACAAAAACAGCUAUUGAUGAAGACUUUGCCGAAAACAUAAAUGCUUCAAUAAUCUUCUUUGACAGUGCUCAGGAAGAUGGAUUGAAAAAAGCAGAAGAAUGGAUUCCAUUUCUGAACGAAUUUGAUACUGGUGUUAACAUACUUGUCUGUGAACAAUGCUCUAUUGAGGGAAAUACGAAACAUACCCCCAAAAUUGUUGCUCAACAGUGGUGUAUUCGUCAUGGGUUUGAACUAGUGGAACUCAACCCUUUUGAAAAGCCUGAUCCAGAUGAUGAUUUUCCUGAAACACUAGGAAUAGAAAGGAUCAUACAAGCUCUGCAUGCACAUUCAUGGCCAAACUUGGAAUUAAAAAGUGGCGACAAGAGCCGAAUGAAUCAUUUGAGCCGUUUGUUGCUGAGCGAAGACUCGGAGCAACCGAAUGACCACUCGUCAUCGGAAAACAAUCUGGAAAGAGACCUGAUAGUUGAUCGUCAAAUUAGUGAAGGAAUCGAUUCCUUUGAGGAACUUUUUCAAGCAAUGUCCUUAAUGAAAAGUCAAGCCAGUAGUCUUCAAGGGGCUGAAAGGAAAGCAUAUGCUGAGAAAAUGACCAUGGCAUUUUGGCAAGCGAUUGAAGGAAGCCCAGACGAAAUCGAAGGACUCGAAUCAUCGGCAGACGAGGAGUGAAAAUGAAAACCCUUUCGUUCUUUUCUUUACUCCUGUUUGUUUGAUUUUUCUUCUCGUUCAUGUCAUUCUUUUCCUAGCUAUGCAAUCUCAAAGGAAAAUGGUAAAUCCGAAGCUGCUUUUAAACUACUUGUGUUGGCUGGAGGGAAUGUCGCGAGAAGGAAUUCUGUGGAACCAAUGGUAAUUGUAUUUAACUUUGUGAAUAUCAUGUUAUGGUUGGCGAGCGGUAAACCAUUUGUGAGUGAAAAAUGGAAAAUUUCACGUUUUGAAUUUCUUCAUUUAUCAUACAUGUUUAAAAUAA